AUGUCACACAAUCAAAAAUUCACCAUGGCUGUGACAGUGUUCUGUCUCAUCUUUUCUCUCAUGCCAGCAACAUCAGCAUUUGUUUGCAAUUUUGCUGAUUGUCAAGCUCUUCUCAAAUUCAAGGCAGGCAUAAUAAGGGAUCCAAAAGGUUAUCUCCAAGAUUGGAAUGAAGCCAAUCCCUUCUGUAACUGGACUGGUGUUACGUGUCACCAAUCUCUCCAAAGCCGGGUUAUAGAUCUUGAGCUCAUAGACCUUGGCUUACAAGGAAGUAUAUCACCAUUUCUAUCCAAUCUCUCUCUUCUCACCAAGCUUUCUUUGCAGGGAAAUAACUUCCAUGGAGAAAUCCCAAGUACCUUGGGACUACUCUCACAGUUAGAAUAUCUGAAUAUGAGUGAAAAUAACCUCUUUGGUGCCUUUCCGGCUUCACUACAUGGCUGUCAAAGCUUGAAAUUUCUUGACUUGAAUUACAACAAUCUAUCUGGGGUCAUUCCUGAAGAACUUGGCUGGAUGAAGAAGCUGACGUUUUUGGUUCUCUCUCAAAACAACCUCACUGGGGUCAUUCCAUCCUUUUUAUCAAACCUGACAGAAUUGACACAACUAGAAUUAGCUGUGAAUUACUUUACUGGUAAAAUUCCUGUGGAGCUUGGAGCUUUGACCAAGCUAGAGAUUUUGUAUUUGCACCUCAACUUUCUUGAAGGAGAAAUACCUGCAGCGCUAAGUAAUUGCACUGCAUUACGUGAAAUUUCGUUGAUUGAGAAUCGAAUAUCAGGGGCACUCCCAGCCGAAAUCGGGAAGAAGCUCCAAAACUUGCAGAAGGUGUAUUUUACAAACAACAAUAUUUCUGGUAGGAUUCCUGUGACCUUCUCAAAUCUUUCACAAAUAACACUGCUUGAUUUGAGUCUCAAUUACUUAGAGGGUGAAGUACCUCGGGAAUUGGGGAAACUGAAGAACCUUGAGAUCCUUUACCUUCAUAGCAACAACCUGGUUAGCAAUUCUUCUCUCAGUUUUCUUACUGCUCUCACAACCUGUUCAUUUCUGCGGAAACUGCACUUAGGGUCAUGCUUAUUUGCUGGAAGUUUACCAGCGUCCAUUGGCAAUCUUUCAAAAGACCUGUAUUAUUUCAAUCUUUUGAAUAACCGUAUAAGAGGAGAGAUUCCAGAUAGUAUUGGCAACUUGAGUGGCCUUGUGACCCUUCAUCUGUGUGACAACCAAUUAGACGGAACAAUUCCAGCAACUUUUGGAAAGCUGAGGCAGUUGCAAAGACUGUAUUUGGGGAGAAACAAGCUUCAAGGUUUUAUUCCAGACGAAAUGGGGAAGAUGGAAAACCUUGGUUUGCUUGAUCUUGGUGAUAAUUCCAUAACUGGGCCAAUCCCAUCUUCACUUGGAAAGCUCUCACAGUUGAGAUACCUUGUCCUAUCUCAUAACAGCUUAUCAGGAAAUAUUCCCAUCAAACUAAGCCAGUGCUCUCUCAUGAUGCAGCUGGAUGUAUCCUUUAACAACUUGCAGGGUCCUCUUCCCACAGAAAUUAGUUUUUUUGCUAACUUGGGUCUCUCCCUCAACCUUUCAAAUAACAAUCUAGAUGGGGAGAUACCUGCAAGUAUUGGAAAGCUGGAAUCUGUACAAGCUAUUGACUUAUCAGUGAACAAAUUUUCUGGCAGUAUACCAAGUUCAAUUGGAAGUUGCGCAGCUUUGGAGUACUUGAACCUCUCCAAGAACAUGAUUGAAGGUACAAUUUCAGAGUCUUUGAAACAAAUUGUAUAUUUGAAAGUUCUGGACUUGUCUUUUAAUCAAUUAACAGGCAAGGUUCCAAUCUGGCUUGCCAAUGACUCGGUGAUGGAGAAUUUUAAUUUGUCUUAUAAUAGAUUAUCAGGAGAAGUUCCAAGGACGGGAAGGUUUAAAAAUCUUACUGGAAGCUCAUUGAUAGGAAAUGCAGGCUUGUGUGGUGGUUCUGUACAAAUGAGACUCCAGCCGUGUGUAGUUCAAAAGAAAAGGAGGAAGUUAAGGAAAUGGGCCUAUUAUUUGCUUGCAAUUACAAUUAGUUGUUCUUUAUUGAUCUUGAUAUUUGUCGUGUUCUUUGUUCGACAAUUCUUCUUUAAGAAGAAAGCUGAUGCGGAAUCUGAAGAACUUAUUUUAAUGGCUUCUCCAUCCUAUCAUGGAGGCCGGACUUUCACUCAAAGAGAGCUUGAGAUUGCAACCAAUGGUUUCAGUGAUGCCAAUCUCUUGGGGAGAGGAAGCUUUGGAUCUGUUUAUAAAGCAUCGAUUGAUGAUACCGUAUCUUUUGUUGCGGUUAAGGUUCUAAAUGAAGACAGUAGGCAGAGUUACAAAAGCCUAAAAAGGGAGUGCCAAAUACUGUCCGGAAUUAAGCAUCGGAAUCUGGUUAAAAUGAUUGGAUCAAUCUGGAGUUCACAGUUCAAGGCUCUUAUCCUUGAGUUUAUAGGUAACGGAAACUUGGAACAACAUCUUUAUCCAAGCGAGUCCGAAGGAGAAAACUGUCGAUUGACAUUGAAGGAAAGAUUAGGAAUAGCAAUAGAUACUGCAAAUGCCUUGGAGUAUCUUCAUGUGGGAUGCCCAACUCAAGUAGUGCACUGUGAUCUGAAACCACAAAACAUUCUUCUCGAUGAUGAUAUGGUGGCCCAUGUUGCUGAUUUUGGCAUCGGAAAGCUCAUUUUUGCUGAUAAACCAACUGAAUAUUCUGCCACAACAAGUGUUCUGCGAGGAUCUGUAGGUUAUAUUCCUCCAGAAUAUGGACAUAGUACAGAAGUAUCUGUUAGAGGAGACGUAUAUAGCUUCGGGAUCAUGCUGCUUGAAUUGAUAACACGGAAAAGACCAACCAACGAAAUGUUUGCAGAUGGGCUUGAUCUAAGGAAGUGGGUGAACGCUGCAUUUCCUCACCGUAUUUUGGAAGUUGUAGACAUGUCCUUAAAGCAGCAGGCACUUUCAGAUGCAAGUGGUGAUUUCCAAAAGUUGGAGCAAUGCUGCCUUCGAGUGCUUAAUGCAGGGAUUAUGUGCACAGAAGAGAACCCACUAAGGCGUCCACCGAUCUCUUUGGUAACAGGAGAGCUCCAGCAUAUUUGGAACGACAUGGGAUUUGACAGAUUAAGCAUGACUGGAAAAGAACCAAUGACAGUGUUUGAUGAUGACACUGAAAUUUAA